AUGACCAUAGACCCCGAGACUCCUUCACCUGAGGCAGAGACCCACUCCCCACCCAAACUUGCUUACUACAAGUUUCAAAAGCUGACCAGAGACAAGCCAGAGUGUCAGAAGCUUGCAAGGAGUUGGGCCAACUUUCAGUCGGAUCGGGCGUCGUUUGUCGCGCUGUGUACAGUGGGAUACAAUGACCAACCACGGCCCGACUACGACCCCAUGACCUGCUCCCGACUGGUCAUGAGGAUUACUGGUUUGAAGCUCAGCAUGUCGAACUGCAGGAAAAAGGUGGACGCAUUUAAGGAAAUCCUUUAUUCAUACACCGGAGCUGAUACGCUGCAGAUCAGAGACUUCUACGACUCGUGGUGUGAGAACUAUGAAGAGGAUUUUGGGAUGCUGGACUUCAUGGCUCCUAAGCUGGGGGCCGAUUCUGUGGAUGAAAACUUCUCUGGGAACCGUGAGGACGCUCAGGUGCUGGAUGUCGCCUGUGGAACUGGACUGGUUGCCAAACUGUUGACUAAAGCGGGCUUCAAGAACAUCACAGGCGUGGACGGCAGUAAAGGAAUGCUGGAGCUAGCUGCUAAGACCGGCCUCUACAAAGACCUGAAACAGGUUUUACUGGGAACACAACCACUGCCUGUACAGAGCGGAGCAUUUGAUGUGGUGGUCCUGGUUGGUGCUCUGGGUCCUGGUUUUAUCCCGGUCAGUGCUAUCAAGGAGCUCUGCCAUGCCGCUAAACCAGGAGGGUUGGUGUGCCUUGUGAAAGGUGAACACCGAGGAGACGAGAAUGACAGAUUCAACCGUGAGUUACGCUCAGAGCUGCAGCGAUUGGAGGAUGAGGGGCUGUGGAGUCAGCUGAGAAUCAAAUUUGUGGACAGGUACAUGAAAGACACACACCCAGACAAUCGUGGAGACCAGCAGAGGGAGCAGUUUAUCCCUGGUACAGUUUAUCUAUACAAGAAGUCCAUCUAAUCCAGGGGUGCCCAAACGCUGCUGUAGUUUUUAGUUUCAUCACUCAGCAGUGCUGA